AUGAUGGACGAGGACAUGGAGCUGAGGACGGAUGGGAACUCUCUCCUGAAGGCUGUGUGGCUGGGGCGGCUCUGGCUGACCCGGUUGCUCCUGGAAGGGGGUGUCUACAUCAAUGAGAGCAACGAGCGAGGCGAGACAGCACUCAUGGUGGCCUGCGGCACACAGCAUGCAGCCCCACAGAGCAGCAGCAAGCCCAGGAUGGUGAGGUAGCUGCUGGAGCAGCAGGUCGACCCCAACAUCCAGGACAAGUGUGGCAGGACAGCGCUCAUGCAUGCCUGCAUGCGGGGGGCCGGGAGUGAGGUGGUCUCCCUGCUGCUGGAGAAUGGGGCUGAUCCCAGCCUGGAGGACCACACGGGAGCCUCAGCGCUGGUCCAUGCCAUCAACACUGGCAACGAGGACGCGCUGCGCCACCUCCUAGAUGCCUGCAAGGUCCAGGGGAAGGAGGUGAUUAUCAUAACCACAAACACGGGCACCAAGACCACCAGGCAGUACCUCCACACACCUCCUCCACCCAAGGGGGAAAUGUGGCAGACGCCCCUGCUCUGCACUUCGCCCUCAGACAUUGAGAGGGAUGCCCACAGCCCCAGCUCCCCGCCUAUGGACAAGGAGCACUUCUUUGGCCUCCAAACGGGGUCCCUGGGGCCGGACCUUCCUCCCACAGCUCUGCAGGAGCCCGAAUCACCCUCCAGGAAAGUUGGGAACCUCCAAAGGGCCCGCUUGCCACAGCUGAAGAGGCUGCAGUCAGAGCCCUGGGGCCUGCUGGCACUGUCAGUGCUGGCAGCCUCCAGGCACCAGGACAAGCCCCACGGCACCUGUACAGGCAUCAGUGAGGCACCCUUCCCCAAAUGGGGUCCACUGUCCAGAACCAACAAUGUGGACGGCAAGGACUCCAUGCUCUUCCACUCAGUCCCAGAGCAAGGCCCCAAGAUCCCUAUGGCCUGGAGGGUGCCCCACGACAAAGGCCAGGUUCCCCAUACACUCCUGGCUCGGAGAGGUGCCGUCCCUGAAGAUCAGGAGAAGGGCAGUCUGGACCCUACAGUGACACCCCAGCCUCCAGAAGAUGACCACUAUGGCAAAGAUGUGUCGCCCAGCACCAGCAUCCUGGAGCCCAGCACAGUCUCCUCAGACAGGAAGAGGCUCACCAGCUCCCACCUGUCACUGUUCCAUAGCUCCCGGGGCGUGAACACUACGGCCAGCUUGUCCCCCAGUGCCACUCACCACCACCCACCACCCCUUCUGGAACGACAGGGCUCUGGCACUCUGUUCCCUCAGACCCGGCCUGGCUUCCUGCCGCCACUCACCGCCCACCUGAGUCCGUCCAUCAGGGACGUCUGGCCCAGCAGCACACCGGCCUCCCCAGUAGUCGGAGGCCUAAAUGCCAAGGGCCCCACCGUGCCAAGCUCCCCAGGGACACUGGAGCUGAGAAGCAAAAAGGCACUUCUACGCAGACACUCAAUGCAGACCGAGCAGAUGCGACAGCUGUCUGGGUCCCACGUGCUGACCUAG